AUGAGCUCCAAUCAUGCCUCACCCCAGGCAGGCUCGGCCUCCGACCGCAAUUCCCCUUCAGACUUCUCCGCGCAGGAAUUCGCCGAACAUAACCCCGCUCUAGCAAGGAACAACAAGCUCCUCCUGCGACCGGAGCUAGUGAGGAAGCCAGAUCUAUUCACACUGUACUUUGGUUUCUGGGGUCAGAGCAACUGGACUCGGGAAAUGGGGUACAUGAUCACAAGUCGGGUGGAGAACCAAUACGUUUUGACAGCGCGGUACCCAACCCAAGAGGAGAUGGAUGCGCAUCUCGAGCACGGAUCGCGAACGCUCUACUACCGGCGUAUCCCAGUGCCUCUCGCCUCAUUUGCAGGUGCCGCGUACUUUUACAACAAGGCUCGCAAAUCGCCCGACUUCCCGAAGAACCCUACACCAAAGUUGCUCUUUGAUACUGCGCGCCAUAUGUGGAAGUUCGACGUAAAUGACUUCAAAAGGACGGUUACCUCGACUGCUUUCAAGAUGUUUUUCCUUAUGACCGCUGCCGCUAUGGCAGCAAGCGGCUGGGCUGUCUCUUCUGACGCCAUGUCCACAUUGAGCGAUCCACGCAUGAAGCAGUUUGUCGAGGAUAUGCGGAAAUCCAACCCAGAGGGUGUACGGAAGCGGAAGAUGGAAGCUGCAAACGAGCGAGUUCGGAGUCUACGUCACGGCGACGCAGAUAUCGGUACUCAGAUGCGACAGCAGAGUGGACAAGGCGGAUUCUCAGGAUCCGGUGGUUAUUCUCAGGACAACUACGACUCUCCAGCGGCACCAGCUCCUCCCUCUGAUACUGAUUCAUACAACACCACCUCUACCAGUUCUCAGUCUUCAUACGAGCCCCAAGCCCAGUCAGAACAGCGCAUCAACACCGGUGCAGUCUGGGCGCAGGGUAGAAACGCGCAGCCUGAACCCAAAUCAGCAUUGGAUUUCUUGGAUGACGAUGAUGCUAGCCCCACUGCUGCAGAAUACCGCAAUACCAAAAUUGAUGGUUCGCCCUCUGGUAGUGCUUGGGAUCGUAUUAGACGACAGAAUGUGGGAGGACGCUCACCUCGCCAACCGCCUGGUAUGACCAACCCCUACGCUGAGUUUUCGGACCAUAGUCGGGAACAAUAUGGCACUGGUCAGGAGAGCGAGAAGGACCGAGCACAAGCAGACUUCGAUCGAAUGAUCGAGGCAGAGCGAAAUGCCGGCAGUGGUGGAUCGUCUCGUAACCGUGGAUGGUGA